UCCAACACCACCGUUUUUGUUAGGUGGUGUAACAACAAAUGAAGGCGUUUAAUUCUGAGAGCUGAAGGCGGCAAGGCAGGAGUUUGUAACUACCUCUGGUUCAGGAGACUGUUUACAGAACUGGAAAAGACCAAUACCAACUGCUGCAGUCAGGCUUCAUGACAAGAAGUUGCUUUUCAGAGGAAGAAGCUAUAGUGCUCUGCUGGCUUGUCAGCAGAAUUCUGACAACUCCAGACCCUAUUUGCCCUCACAGCUGGGAUUUUGCCAUCCCAAAACAGAUAUUUGCCUGCACUGAUACAAGACGGUGUGUGAAUUACAACUGCCAGCUACCUUAUUCAAAGGCGAGGACACUCUCUUUUUUUUUUUUUUUUUUUUUUUUCCUUCCCCUCCUGAGUAGCUGGGCUUUGGAGCAAACGCGCUGAGAUGUCUAAAAAGCAAAAUCCAAAAGAUCCGUCUGGGUUUAUUUUUGAUGUGCAGUCCAAUACUGUGAUGGCCCAAGGAGGAACCUUUGAAAACAUGAAGGAGAAGAUCAGUGCAGUGCGUGCGAUAGUCCCUAACAGGAGCAACAAUGAGAUUGUCCUUGUGCUACAGCAUUUUGACAACUGUGUGGACAAAACAGUGCAAGCCUUCAUGGAAGGCAAUGCCAGUGAAGUAUUGAAAGAGUGGACUGUAACAGGCAAAAAAAAGAACAAGAAGAAGAAAACCAAACCAAAACCUCCAGUUGAAUCGAGCCCUGGCCUCCCAGACCCCGGUAAAUUGGUGUCCACUGAAGAGGAGCAGUCAGCAAACUCUGAGAAGGGUGGAAUUAACGGUUACCAUAUCAACGGCUGUGCCAACGAUACCGAGUCUGUGGACUCACUCAGUGAAGGUUUGGAUGCACUUUCAAUUGAUGCCAGAGAGCUAGAGGAUUGUGAAUCUGCUGCACCAGACAUGCCUGACAGAACAGUGCCUGAACUAGAGAAUGGAAUAGCAGACUUUGACACAAAGUCGCUCACCGUGCAUCCUUCCCAGAGCCCUUCGUCUCUCAGACAGCGGCCUGAGCAGAGGAGCACUAGCAGGUGUCUGUCCAGAGCAGCAGCAAGCAACUCGACUCCUGCUCUCUUAUCUCUACCGCGGCUGGAAGAUGUUCCAGUUUCACCUGCAAACAAGAAGUUAGGUUCCAAUAUUGAAAAAUCAGUGAAGGAUCUCCAGCGUUGUACUGUUUCCCUGGCACGAUACCGGGUUGUGGUGAAAGAAGAAAUAGAUGCUUCCAUUAAGAAGAUGAAGCAGGUCUUUGCAGAACUGCAGAGUAGUCUUAUGGAUCGAGAGGUGUCGUUGCUGGCUGAAAUGGACAAAGUGAAAGCAGAAGCAAUGGAAAUUCUGGUUAGCCGACAGAAGAAGGCAGAGGCCCUGAAGAAGCUGACUGAUGUGGCAGUGCGAAUGUCAGAGGAGCAAUUGGUCGAGCUCAGAGCUGAUAUAAAGCACUUUGUGAGCGAAAGGAAAUACGACGAAGAUCUGGGCAGAGUGGCGCGGUUCACUUGUGACCUCGAUGCACUGAAGAAGAGCAUCGCCUCGUUCGGGCAAGUUUCCCAUCCAAAGAACAGCUAUUCCACCAGAUCCCGGUGCAGCUCUGUCACGGCGGUGUCCUUGAGCAGUCCCAGCGAGACCUCUGCUCCCUCCACCCCCGAAUGUGCCUCUGCCUCUGCUCCAAGCCUUACCACAGCAAGCAAGAAGCCCUUGUCCUCUGCGGAUGCUGCUGCAGGGAACGCCGGCAGCCGUCCUCCCCAGCCUCAGCGCGAGGCUUUCCAGGGGAACAGGAGACCGGGACAAGGGUACAGGUCCCAGGGCCAGCGCCACGUUGGCCCCCCCACCCCUGGGAGAUACAGCAACGUGAACCGACACAGAAAUGGGCCAGGCCAUCAGGCCCGUGGCAAACAUCAGAAUUCUCCCCUCCAACCUCCUCCGGGAAAUGCUGGCAUCCCCAGCCAGACUCAUCCCACAGGCACCAGUGGAACUGGUGCCUCCUCCGAGUCCAGCCGGCCUGUCCCCUCUCCCUCCAGCACAGAAACCAAGGGGCUCCCGCAGCGUAAACCAAGAGCAAGUCAUCUGCAGGGAGCAAACUCCUGAGAGCUCCAGGCUCUCCCUUCCUGCAGGAAAUUCAACUUGAUAACAAGACUGUAGGAAAACUCUUAGCUAGCGAUAUUAACGAAGGAAAGUUUACACUUUUUUUUUGUGCCAUUUUUUUUCUUCCUUUCCCCCGUUUCUGCUUUGUGUUCUUCUCGCACAUCUGUGCUUCACCGUCUGAUCGGGUUCAGGCCUCACUUGGGACGCACACUGACGCUGCCGUGUCUGUUGCCCUUUUCUUUCCCCUCCAAAAGUCUCGAUGGCUCCGCGCUCACCCCUCACCUGUGAAACCACUGGCAGAGCUGGCCAAAAGACUACCCCAACAGUGUCUUUUUUCCUUUUGCGCAUCAGCCUCUGGGCUUCGCACCUAGGAGGAACUGCCCUGCUAGCCAGGCCUUACUUGUAGCAGCCAACCACUCAUGCUGGCAAUGAAGAUGGUUGCUGUGAAAUGUGAGUCCGGGGCUUAAACCAGGAUCUGGAGAGAGCCACGAGAGGUUUGGGGAAGCUGCCUUGGGCUGCAGGGCAGACAUCUCGCCCCAGGCCUUCCCCCUCGGGUGAGCAGCAUCUUGGAAGACUGACAGAAAUCUCCAACCCUUGCUCUCUGGAUGGGGGGAGCAGGGGGGAAAGGACCUGCACACUUUAUCUGUAAACUUAGCUCUUCUCUGAUUUUUAUGUUUGAGGAUCUUUAUUUUAUUCACUUAUCCUUCUUGCCUUGCCUUCCCCCACUUCUCCAGCCCUUUUUUGUCCCUAAAUUAAAUUUAUAGCAAUAUCAAUUAGCAGAGCUAAUCCUAGGUGAUACCAGUCAAAAAUUGCUACAGUCAUUCUUUAUAGUUGUAUGAAUAAAGAUGAUGUACAUGUUGAAUGUCA